AUGAAGAAGAAAGAGAGAGCUGAUCAAGAAAGAGCCACAAGGCUAACCACUGGAACAAGAGAGAAGAUAGCACCAAAAGGAAGAACCCUUACUCAAAGGUCUUCACAACCACCUCCCACCAAGGAGAAGAGGAAGACAAGAUCAUCACUUGAAGAGAUCAUAGAUGAUUUCAACUUUAUGGCGAGGAGAUUCCCUUAUGGUGUGCCGUUUGAUAAUGCUUGCAACAAGAGUCCAUUCAUGCAAGACCUAGCUUGGACACAAGAUUGGAGUCUAGCUGAAAUGGAAAAGAUGUACGAGGAAGCAAGAAAGGGGAUGCCUAAACCUAGGUUUCUACACAAGCUUCAUGACCCAGGUUACUUCCUUAUACAUUUCUCUAUCAAUGGAAGCUACUUUGAUGAUGCUCUUUGCGAUUCCGGUUCUAGUGUGAACCUUAUGCCGGCCGAGAUAGCCAAGAAGUUGGGAUUGAUCAAUUCAAUUGUGAAAUCUCGAAUGGAUUUAAAGCUAGCUGAUUCAUCAUUGACCGAACCACUUGGAGAGGUUAAAGACAUUCAGCUUGAUUUUGGAGGCUGCAUAGUUCCAGCCAACUUCUAUGUAGUAACCAUGAAGGAUCCGGAGGACUUAAAGCUUUUGCUUGGAAGAUCAUUCCUAGCCACAGCUGGAGCGAUCAUGGAUUGGCCUAAUAGAAGAAUCUCUCUAGCCAAUGUUGACAAGGACACCUUCUACGAUGCUGCACCUCCCGGUUUCUCAUCCAAGCGAUUUCGCUACACAAGUGGAGGAGAGUGCUCACAAGUAAGAGGAGAGUCGCAUGGCUACUUGAUCAAGGAAGUUCUACAGGACAAGAUGCACUUGGAAUCAUCAGGCAACAGGAAGUUCUUGGAGCCACCAAUCCUACCUAACUAA